AUGUCUGUUUAUCACGAUGAGGUUGAAAUUGAAGACUUUGAAUACGACGAAGACACCGAAACCUAUUAUUAUCCCUGCCCGUGUGGCGAUCGCUUUGAAAUAACUAAGGAGGAACUUGAGACUGGAGAGGAGGAGGCAACCUGUCCAAGCUGCUCACUUAUAGUUAAAGUUAUAUACGAUCCAGAGGACUUUAUGGUUGGGGAAGAGAUUGCAGCCCCAACCCCAUCAGUAUUUUUGGACAUUCUGGAUUCACUCUAAAACUUAUAUUAUGUAAAGUAAACCUGAUUGAAUACUAAAGUAUAUUCAAAUCAAAUAUAAAGAUUUGAUUCAAAAUGACAAGCAGCGCAAAGACAAGAAUGAAAAAUGGACCUGGAACACAUUUCAUUGUGAAGGAGCCUACUGAUAUAGAUGUUAGCACCAUAGGUACUGGAUGUAAUGCCACAAUGGUGACCACCACAGGUUCAACAUCAGAUGUCUUCAGAAGGUUAACUAAUAAACAGUCACACCAUGACAUGAACGAGAGUGGGGAAUCCAUCCAGGAUGUGCUCUCUGGUAUAAAUGUUCCUCAAAUGAUGGAGAAAAUUCUCAUAGAGAAAAAACUGUCACUCAUGAAAUCACCAGAUGUUGUCAAGUUCCUCAGGGAUUAUCAGAAACAAUGUGAACAAAGGACUAGCAAUUGUGAAAUACGGACUAGUGGGACAAAUAAUACUCACAUAACUAAAUGAAAAGAAGUAUUAAAUAAAGGAAUAGUCGCACUGAAUAUGGGACUAGCUAUUGUGAAAUAUGGACUAGUGGGACAAGUCAUAUAAAUAAAUGAAGGGAAGUAUCAGAUAAAGGAAUAGUCAGAAAAUAAAACACAAAACAAACAGUCACACUGAAUACAGGACUCGCAAUAUUGUUUCAUGAACUCAUGACAUUGAAAUGAUACAACAAUAUUAUGUACUUGUAUGGAUAGAAUAUGAAAAUCAGCCACAAUGUGGUAAACAAUCCACAUAUAUGCAUAUGCAUUCUAUGUCAUGUUCUGGCCAAUCAGAAUACAGGAUAACUAUUCUCUAUUUAACUAGAGAUGACUGGUGAUUUUUGAAUUGACCCCUAGGUUUUAAGGGCCCAGUGGUGAGCUCCCAUGCUGGCUUAUUUAUCCACAAGCAAACUGCUGUAGUGAAACAUCCAAAAGGUGGACAAGAUAAGACUCAUUUACUUGAAAGAAAAACAGUUUGAACAUC